AUGUCUGAAUGGAAAAUUGAUCCUGAUAAUAGAAGAAGAUUAUUACAAUUACAAAAAAUUGGUGCCAAUAAGAGAUGUGUUGAUUGCAAUGCACCAAAUCCUCAAUGGGCGUCUCCUAAAUUCGGUAUUUUUAUUUGCUUGGAAUGUGCUGGUACUCAUAGAUCGUUAGGUGUCCAUAUCUCAUUUGUUAGAUCUAUUACCAUGGAUCAAUUUAAACCAGAAGAAUUGGUUAGAAUGGAAAAAGGUGGGAAUGAACCAUUCACAGAGUAUAUGAAAUCUCAUGGGAUUGAUAUCACAUUACCACAAAAAUUUAAAUAUGAUAAUCCAAUUGCUCAAGAUUAUAAAGAAAAAUUAACUUGUUUAAUUGAAGAUAAAGAAUUUGUUGAACCAACUCACCCAGAAUUUGAUCCUUCAAAAUUAGGUAAAGUGGCCCCUGUAGUAUAUACAACUUUAAACAACGCCAACAAUAACGAUAAAGAACAAUCAUCCACUCCCAUGGAAUCCAUUAUUUCUUCUAAAUCGACUGCUACCCCAUCUCAACAACUAAAGAAUGAGGCAUACUUCGCUAGACUAGGGGAAGCUAACCAAAAUAGAUCCACUGAUCUUCCUCCUUCUCAAGGUGGGAAAUACCAAGGGUUUGGUAAUACCAUGCCUGUCAAUAAUAGUUCUACUCCUAAUGCAAAUAGUACUGUCAGUUUAGAAAAUUUCCAAAAAGAUCCACUGGGCACUUUUACAAAAGGUUGGAGUCUCUUCUCAUCUGCUGUUUCUCAAUCCUUUGAUGAUUUGAAUCAAAACGUUAUCAAACCUAAAGUUGAUCAAUGGAACUCUGGUGAAUUGACAGAAGAUACUAAAAGAGCUGCUAACCAAUUUGGCCAAAAAUUCCAAGAAACUAGUUCUUAUGGUUUUGAAGCAUUCAAUUCUUUAAGUAAAAACUUACAAAGUCAAUAUUACGCGUAUUAUAACGGUGAUCAACAACCUAGUGAUACAUCAAGAGGUGGUUCUAACGGAUAUGCUCAAUUUGAAAAGGAACAAAACACCAGCAUUCCUCCACAAGAUGGAAGUAAUUUGAAAAAAUCUUCUAAAAGACAAGAGCCAGAAGAAGAUGAAUGGGAACAAUUCUAA